AAGCCACCGGUGUUUCUCCAUCUCGGCCCGGAGAAUGUAGGGUGGCGGAUGCUGGAGAAGGGCGGGUGGAGGGAAGGAGAGGGGUUGGGUGUGAAUGUUAGGAGAGUAAGGAGGGAUGGGAAAGAAGCUGGGAAGGAGAAGGAGAAACAAAAGGAGGCGACCGUGAAGGAAGAGGAAUUGGAGGUGAUUGAUGUGGACGAGGUUGUGAGCAGCGAGGGGCAGAAGGAGGCAGAGAUCAUUGAUUUAACUGGCGACGCUGACGGAUCACAGACCGAAGAGGAAGAUGGGUUCGAUGAGUUCACGGGCCCAGUGGGACGAAACACAGCGCUCGAUCGGGCGGAGGACUCGGACGCUACCCUGUCCGACUCGGAAUCCGCUGAGGAGGAAUACGAGCAAGACGAAGAGUUCGAGCCCGACCCGACGCGCACCACCCUCUUGACACCGCUUCCCACCGUCCUGAAGGCAGAUAAACUGGGCAUUGGGUUGCACCACCGACGCGUGCGGCGAAAGAAGGCGAAGAAGGUGACGCACACGCGCGAGAGCGAGGCGAUGCGGGAGCACAUUCGGCGGGGAGAAGAGAUGCGGCGCAAGCAAAAGGAGGUCGGACGUGGACGCAGGGGCUUCGAGAGGAUGAGACGAAGGGAAGAGGACGAGCGGCGCAGGCUGAUCAGUUAUUUGAAUAGCUGACCUUCAGGGAGUGGACGGGACGCACCAGUGAGUGGGGUACUACUUUCAUGUGUAUUCAUUAUCGCGAAGCACACAGACAGUACGAACGGGGUAGCUUUGUAUCUAUAUUUUUCUCGAUACUGACACCCGACUCAUGGUCAUUGAGUAGCACAAUGGCCCGCAAGGGCAAGGCGGCAAGCUGGAAUAUACUUCAUAUG